CGCAAUGCAGCAGUUCAGAGACGAGGCUCGAGCCUCUUCACGGUCCAACCUGAACCGGAACUGAACCGGAACAAAGACCCGAUCAUCAACAGCAUCCCCCCGCCGAAGACUCGGACCAGCGGAGCAGCACCGGAGCAGCAGCCCGGAGAGGACCGGAGGACAGCGGAAGCAGGCGGGGUCGGUAAAGCGGGAGUCCUGUCUGUCUGUCCGCCGACAAAACGUGAGACAAAGCUGCUUCUCACCGUUUAAACACUGAGUCAUGGUCGUGGAGACACCGCAGAGGACAGAGACAUGACGGUGUCCAGAUGUUGACCGGUCCUGAUGUCCUGAUAACCCUAACCCUGAACCCAGGGUUUAACUGUCCGAGAAGACAACAGGAAACACGGGAGGUGAAACAUCCGGAGGACACACAUAGACACCAACACCUGGAGGACACGCAGAGACAGAAUCAUCUGGAGGACAGAAACAUCUAGAGGACAGACAGAGACAGAAUCAUCCAGAGGACACUCAGAGACAGAAACAUCUGGAGGACAUUUUCAUGUGGAAGACAUGUUUUAUAGGACAUAAUCUGAACUGGAAUGGACUGGAAGGACAAAGAGAAAUCAAGACAUUUUAGAAAUUAGACAUAAAGAAGACAUUCACAGACAAACCAGGACAUUAAGGUUAACAAACGUUUGGAUGUAAAGUGGAUUGAGAAGACAACAUCAUGUCCCUCAGGUGGACUCAUCUUCCAGUUUCACUGGUCCUGGUCCUGGUCCUGACGAGUUCUGUGUCCACAGCUCGCUCUGACAGGAACAUGGUGUCCGAGGAGUACGUGGGUGCCACUGUUAACGCCACAGUGCUGGACGGACGAGGAAACACCGUGCACAUGAUAAGCAGUGACGACGGGACGUAUGGACAGAAUUCACCCAAAGUGGACACUAGGGGGGUUGUCAUCGCACCUGCACCGCAUCACGGAGUGGUGGACCGGCAGGGCUGCGACCCCAGCACACGUUUCCUGGUUCCUCCUCGUAAUGUCCAUUGGGUGGCACUGCUGCAGAGAGGAAACUGCACUUUUAAAGAGAAGAUACUGAAGGCGGCAGCCUACAACGCCACAGCUGUCCUCAUCUACAACAACUCCACUGACAAGACGGUCAAGAUGGGACAUGAAGGUACUGGUGACACAGUGGCGGUGAUGAUCACAGAGGCAUAUGGUAAAGAGAUUCUGGCUCACCUGGAGAGGAACCUGACGGUCCUGGUCUCCGUGGUUGUGGGUCAACGUGGUCCCACCAAGAACAUCAACCGAGGCUCGCUGGUCUUUGUCUCCAUCUCCUUCAUCGUCCUCAUGAUCAUCUCAUCGGCCUGGCUCAUCUUCUACUUCAUCCAGAAGAUCCGCUACACCAGUGCUAGAGACCGCAGUCAGCGUCGUCUUGGUGAUGCGGCAAAGAAAGCCAUUGGGAAGUUGACUACGAGGACGGUGAAGAAAGGUGACAAGGAGACUGAUCCGGACUUUAACCACUGUGCCGUGUGUAUUGAAGCAUACCAGCUCAACGAUGUGGUUCGAAUUCUUCCCUGCAAACACGUCUUCCAUAAAAUGUGUGUGGACCCGUGGCUGAACGAACAAUGCACCUGUCCCAUGUGUAAACUCAACAUCCUCAAAGCGCUUGGCAUCAUGACCAGUCUUCCCUGUGUGGACAGCGUGGUGUUGGACGUGGAGCGUCUGGGUGUAAGUCAGGCAUCCAGCAGCCAGAGGACGCUGCUGGGUGACAGCAACCAGCCGUCCAUCAGCCUGGAGCCACUCAGCCCCCCCCACCCUGAGGCCACACCCAGAACACCUGCUGACAUCACCAUUGCCGUGACCAGUGGCGGUCACUUCUUCAACAGGAAUUCGAUGUCUCCUCGCAGCAUCGUCAGUGAGAUGGAGCUGCCGGACAUUCAGGCCUCGCUGGACCUCUAUGACGACAACAAGUCAUGAGGCCCAUCAUCAUGGUUUAAACCCCCCACCACCACCUUUAGGGAGGAGUCUGAUAACAACAACCUGGAUCAGCAUCAAUUCUGGACUCAGUUCAGACGUGAAUCUUUCAUUUUUUUAUUUCUCCAGAAGAAGAUAAAGAGAUGCUGGUCGAUAUUCAAAUUGAACUUGUUUCAGCUUAGGAACCAAAACCUGAACUAGGUUCUUCUGGUAGAGCCUGAGUCAUGUUGUUGUUUCUUAGGGUUCCAUUGAAAACUUUGUCACCCCCUUUUAAGUGUUUAUUGGAUCCUAAAAGGGCUCUUGGUCCCUGGAAAACUGGCUAAUAUGUUCCUACAUCACAUGAGAUGCUUCACCUGGAAAUGUUUCUGAGUGCCUACAAGAGUUCCUGGUUUCAAGUUCCUAAAAUGCUUCCUGGAAAAAGCGCCAAAAUUAUGAGGAAAUGUUUUCAGGAGUUCUCUAAAUAAGGUUACUGGGUUUUUGGUGCUUUAAGAUUAUGGAAACAUUUCUGAAAAAAAAAUCCAAGUUUGGGGGUUAGGGGUUAGAACGUUAAAAAGCUCAUGGAGAAGUUGCUGAGGGCCUUGAUGUCUUAAAAUGGUUGCUGUAUUCCUGUCCCUUGAAAUGUUCCUGGAAAAUUUUCUCAGAUUCUGAGCACUUUUUGACCAGAACCAGAGCAGACAGUCAUAACAAUGGACCUCCUGAUUGGCUGACUGAUGAUCAGACACUGCUUGACUCUCUGAAAACCUGGAUCAGAACUCCUUGUCUGUAAAUACUGAUUGACCUGUUUAUCAUCAGACUGGAACCUGGACUUGGAACCUCUGGAGGAAACAAUCAUGUGACCCCUGCAGUAGUUAACUUUUAGAACAAAGAGACAUUUGAUUUAAAGAAAAGUUAACAUGGCGUUCAAUGUACAACCUUCAUCUUAGACCACACUCUCUUCCUCGCACUCUGGCUCACAGACCUGAUCUGGUGUCAGGUGACCCAGGAUGAGUCCUGGACACGUCUCGUUUGUGUUUCCUGAAGUGACGGACUGCUACUUUAAAAUGUAUUUAAUAGCUUCUGAAUUACUCAGUGUCUAAUAAUCAGAUGUAAACAGCAUUAUACAAUCUAUAACCUGAUCAAUCAAGCGAUCAAUAUUAUCUCGGAAGUGACCUGAACACAUCCUGUCUGCGUCAUGUGGUACUGAUGAUUGAGAUGAUGAUGGUGAUGUGAUAACGAUGAUGAUGGUGAUGAUGAAGAUGAUGGUGAUGAAAAUGGUGAUGUGAUGAUGAUGACGAUGAUGAAGAUGGUGGUGACAAUGAUGAUGGUGAUGAUGAUGAUGAUGAUGAUGAUAGUGGUGAUGAUAGGGGUGAUGAUGAUGAAGAUGGUGGUGAUGAUGAUGAUGAAGUUGGUUAUGA